AUGAGCCGCCUAGCGGCCGUGCUGGGCAAGCUGAGGCCGCCUGCGCCUGAAAAGCCCAGCAAGAAGCGCAAGGUGCAGGCAGCUAACGGUAUCAGCGAUCAGAAAGAUGUCAGGGGUGCGAAGAAAGCUCUGGCGGAGGCGGCCAUCGCACCAGCAGCCAGUGACGAAGAUGACGGCGUACCAGACGCGUCGGGAGCAUACGACGAGCUCGUGGGGCUUCUAUCGCGUCAGGACAACCCCAUGGCAGCGGCACUGCGGCGCCGGCAGCACCAGGAGGGGGGCGAAAGUGGCGAAAGCAGCGACGACAGCGAGGAUGAGUAUGAGGCCAGGGGCGCUGGGGACGCUGCUGCCAGCAAGCCAGGCAAGGUUCAGGGAGGCGCGCGGCAGCCUGAGAAAGGCAAGCAGGGGCUGGGUCAGCAGCAGCAGCAGCAGCAGCAACAGCAGCAGCAGAAGCAGCAGCAGCAGGCGGCGGAGGAGGAGGGGCGGGAACAGCGGGCCGCCGCCAACGGCAACGGCGCCCAUGCGGCGGCAGCCGAGGACGACGGGGGCGCCACCGCAGACGGAGACGCCGCGGGCGCGGGCCUGGGGGCCGGCGACGCGGCCGGGGGCGCCGACAGCUGGGCGGAGCAUUUGAACCGCGAGCUGACUGACGAGGAAGCUGCCGCCCUGGCAGCCGGCACCGCCAAGUUUUCAGACCCCCAGCCCUCCGCCGCCGACGCCGCGUAUGCGGGCCUUUGGCGUCGCGCCAAGUGGCAGCUGGCGGGCCGCGCGGCGCUGCCGGCGGCGCCGGCGGCGCUGGGAGAUCUGGGUGUGAAGCAGCGGCUGAGGGCGCGGUGGGCGGAAGUCCGGGAGCAUAUGGAUUAG